UCUGUUUUCACAUCAGAUGUCAAAUAGUAUAUUUUGCAUAAUCUUCAUACUUUGUAUCCUCCUAUGGUUUCAACCAUGUUUUCUUCAUUGGUUCUUGUUUCUGCAGACCAUCCCAGAAGAUUUUCUGAAACGAUUCAGGGGUGAGAUCCCAAAAGAGAUCAAGCUAGAAGCACGAAAUGGUCAUAUUUACACUGUUGGAGUUGCCAAGUAUCCAGAUAAACUAGUCCUUAGAGCAGGAUGGGAGACUUUUGUCGAAACCUACGGUCUACAGAUCGACGACUCUGUGGUAUUUAGAUACAAUGGAAACUCUCAGUUCAAUGUCAUAGUGUUCGAUCGAUUUGGCCGUGAGAAAGCAUCAUCGGUUAUUGCAGACAGUACUCCUCUGUCUCCUUAUGUGCAGGAAAGGCACAUAGGCGCUCCUGAAACUUUGGUCCGUUCUCAUGGUCAUUCUCUGCCCCCUGGAAUGCAAUCUCCCACUGAAAAUGUGAAUAUUUCUCAAGGGCAUCCUCAGCUCAUGCGUGUGCAGCCGCAUACUGAUAACGUGAGCCGUUCUCAAGGGCAUGCUCAACAUGUGCAAAUGCAACUGCCUACCGACAAUAUGAGACGUUCCGAAGGGCAUCCUCAGCCCAUACAAAUGCAAUCGCCUAGUGCAAAUGUGGACCAUUUUGUUGAUGACAGUCGGCACAUGCAAAUGCAACCACCUACUGAGACUCUGAAUCGUUCUAAUUGCCAGCCCCAGUCUCUGCAAAUGCAGCUGACAUGUGCUGAGAGGCAGUCAAAUCUUCAGAGGAAUAAAUCAAAUCAGGGCAACAAGAGCGUGGCGAGUUCUUCAGGCACUCCCACUCAGACUCUAGUUCUUUCAUACAGGGAUUCUUUGUGCUUGGAAGAUGAUACUAAUUUAUGUGAAACAUCUAGAUACACGCUUGGGUGGAACACCCGUCUAAAUCCAGCGCAGAAGAAGAAAGUUGACCAGAAGGUCGAACAUAUCCCAUCUGACAAUCCAACCUUUGUGGCCAUGAUGAGCAAGUGCAAUGUUACAGGAACUUUCACCCUAAGUGUGCCCAAACAAUAUGUCAAGCGACAUGUGGGAGAUACGGAGCGCAACAUAUGUCUUCAGUGCCUUGGCAAGAGGUGGGAAGUGCAAUUUGGUGGUAGGCCUGAAGAGAAAAGGAUUAUAUCUGGCUGGCGGAGGUUUGUAAAGGACAAUGAUGUUGAGAUGGGAGAUUCCUUGUCAUCGGAAGAUACUGAUCAUGAAGAAGGUGCUUUGCCUGAUUGCAUCCUUGCACGUUUUACGCGCCUUACUACAGAUCAGAAGAAGGCAGUGAAGGAGAAGGUUCAAUUUAUUGAUUCUGAAACUCCCAUCUUUGUUGCCAUGAUGCAACAAACCAAUGUUACUGGAAGAUACACUCUAAGCCUUUCAAAGAAAUAUAUUAACAAAUAUUUGGGAGACGAGGUGCGGAGCAUCUGCCUUGAGCGACUUGGCGAGAGGUGUCAAGUAUGGUUUGGACGCAGGCCUCAGGAUAAAAGGAUUAUAGGCGGAUGGACAAAGUUCGUGAAAGCCAAUGAGGUGGAGGUGGGAGAUAUCUGCCUCUUCGAGCUGCUGAAGCAUCGGAAAUUGUGUGCCAUGAAAGUUCAUAUCAUCCGCGCAAAGGACUUCAGUUGA